GCCAGCGCGCCCGCCCCGUGCCGCCGGAAGGAGGGCGGCUCCGCAGCGUGUGCGCCCCUCGCCAUGGCGGCGCCGUCGCGGCUCCUGAUACGCGGUGGGCGCGUGGUCAACGACGACUCCUCGCAGGUGGCCGACGUGCUGGUGGAGGACGGCGUGGUGCGGGCGCUGGGGCGCGACCUGCUGCCGCCCGGGGACGCGCCGGCCGGGCUGCAGGUCCUAGACGCCGCCGGCAAGCUGGUCUUGCCCGGCGGCAUCGACACGCACACGCACAUGCAGUUCCCCUUCAUGGGCUCGCGGUCCGUGGACGACUUCGACCAGGGCACCAAGGCUGCCCUGGCAGGAGGCACCACCAUGAUCCUUGAUUUCGCCAUUCCUCACAAAGGCCACUCCCUCAUCGAGGCCUUCGAGACCUGGCGAAGCUGGGCUGAUCCCAAAGUCUGCUGUGACUACAGCCUUCAUGUGGCGGUGACAUGGUGGAGUGAGCAGGUUAAAGAAGAAAUGAAAAUCCUUACCCAAGAUAAAGGUGUGAACUCCUUCAAGAUGUUUAUGGCCUAUAAAGAUCUGUACAUGCUGAGAGAUGGGGAGCUGUACAAGGUCUUCUCUCGGUGCAAGGAAAUUGGAGCAGUUGCUCAAGUUCAUGCAGAAAAUGGAGACCUAAUUGCAGAGGGAGCGAAGAAGAUGUUGGCUUUGGGGAUAACGGGUCCCGAGGGCCAUGAGCUGAGCCGCCCAGAAGCGGUGGAGGCAGAGGCCACGCUGAGAGCCGUCACCAUAGCCGGCGCCGUGAACUGCCCUCUGUGCGUCGUGCACGUGAUGAGCAAGUCCGCAGCAAGGGUGAUAGCAGAUGCCAGGAGGGAUGGGAAGGUGGUCUAUGGAGAACCCAUCGCAGCAGGUCUCGGCACAGAUGGCACUCACUACUGGAAUAGAGAAUGGCCCCAUGCAGCCCAUCACGUUAUGGGUCCACCCCUACGACCGGACCCUUCAACGCCUGACUUCCUCAUGAAUCUGUUGGCUAAUGGUGAUCUAACCAUAACAGGGUCUGACCACUGCACUUUCAACACCUGCCAGAAAGCUCUUGGGAAGGAUGAUUUUACUAAGAUUCCCAAUGGAGUGAAUGGUGUUGAGGACCGGAUGUCAGUAACAUGGGAAAAAGGCGUGCACAGUGGCAAAAUGGAUGAAAACUGGUUCGUGGCAGUUACCAGCACAAAUGCAGCUAAAAUCUUUAAUCUGUAUCCAAGAAAAGGAAGAAUAGCUGUGGGCUCAGAUGCUGACAUUGUGAUUUGGGACCCAAAAGCCACAAGGACCAUUUCGGCAAAAACUCAUCAUCAGGCUGUUAACUUCAACAUCUUCGAGGGCAUGGUGUGCCAUGGGGUGCCCCUGGUGACUAUUUCAAGAGGCAAAGUGGUGUAUGAAGCUGGAGUUUUCAAUGUCACAGCAGGAGACGGGAAGUUUAUUUCUCGUAAACCAUUUGCUGAAUAUAUUUACAGACGGAUCAAGCAGCAGGACCAGACUUGCACGCCUACCCCCGUGGAGCGUGAACCCUAUAAGGGAGAAGUCAUCACACUGAAAUCCAGAGGGACAAAAGAAGACUCCACACAUGGGACCAGGAAACAGGCCCACUCCUGAACCAGGUGCUGUCAGUAAGGGAUAGUGGGCAGAGAAAGUUUUCCUCCCUGACAGCAUAUGGAAUUAGCAUAUCUCUUUCUUCCUUAGUGUUUAAAGAGUCCAUGGUCAAGGUCAAAGACUUCAAAGUGACCUAAGACUCAAGGACAGUUCAGCCAAAGGGCAGGCUGAUAAAAGACCUCUUGACGCAGAACACUUGGAUGAGCCUUCCAGGUUGAAGAAGGCCUUGGGCUAGCUGGAGGUUUAUUCUCUGAGGCGUUAGGAAACAUUGCACAGAGGCCUAGAGAAUCAAGUAUGAGCAAGAGGCUGGUAACACAGAGGGAGGCUGUUAUUGAGGAAGGUUGGCACUACUUAAAACUGAGAGUGCAAGUUUAUAGUCAAAAUUUAUAAACCGAUUAGGACUUUAUCUGGAAGAAAUGAAUCUAUGUAUUGUAAAGGCAACCAUAUUCUAGAACUUAGAAUGGAAUGAAAAAUGAAUCAUGUUGCUUUGGGUAUAAUUUUUCAGGAAAAUUAUUUGAUAGCUUAUUUCACAUAGUUGUAGAAU